AUGUCGCGGCAUGCCUUCUGUGAUCCACGCUGGCAGUUCUACUGGUUUGAAUCGUCACAAAUCAAUAAGUUGAGCGGGUGCUGCGAGCAAACUUAUGCCCCAGAAGCAGUGCCCGCUGACUCGCGAUGUGGCACUGCCAAAAAAAAAACCUUGGCUUACCUCUGCAAGUUGACUGUGCCAACUAGCAAGGCUAAGUGCCUGAAUGCGGAGGGAAAUUGCGUGCGAGCGAAACCCAGUGUCGUUGACUAUCCCUGCAAAGACGAGCUGAAGGUCUGCCACAAAUCUGGACCCCAGAUAGCCGAGACCCUGGUCUGCUCACCUGUCGAUGAGUGCGACGUCAUGGAGAACGUGGAAACGAAGGUUCUGCCUCCACAGGAGGUGCAAGAAAACGCCAAGACGAAACAGCCCAAAGCUGUUGUCGUAAAGUCGGAUAAACCUACGUUAGUGAAGAAGUCGGCAGCCGUCCAUAGGAAACGCCAAGAAUGGGUUUCACAACCAUUACCACCUUCACCAUCAUUACCUCCUCCUCCUCUUCAUCCACAACCUCCUAUUCCCCCUUCACAGAAGCCUAACUUCUUCCACUCCUCCGCUUUCCACUACAGCAACCUUCGACGCCAGGCGAAUUUGGACUUUAGCGCCUGCCUACCGAGGUGCAACAAUGGUCUGGUUGAUUUAGGCGAGUCGUCAAGGCAACGCCUUGAACUCUACAGACGGUACAGCCAACGGUGUUUGUGCAAGACGGACAGGAAUCCCUUCAACCAAGGACCUCGCUACUGUGGGCUGACAACCCAGUCGUGGAGCAGCGACUCCUCCUACAGGUGCCAACACUCGACUAAUCCCUGCGUCAAAACCUGCACUCCAACUUACUGCCAACCGGCGCCUUUAAUGCUUCAAAAGACCUGCAAUCACAAGCCGCACCUGCGUGACAAUUGCUGCACAAUUGUGCACUGCUUUCCCAGCCAGAUUUUAACUAUGCCAGUUGGAUGCUUUCCUUCGUUUCGACGGAAAUUGAAGAAAAUUAAGAAGGGAGCCCCUUUACUAAAGAAGGAAGACGCCAACAAAGACGGAGACGCAACAGAGACUAACAAAAAUGCCGAAAACCAGCUAAACGACGGUUGUAAACUUGCGCCUCAAUCGACAGGUGCGUCGGACAAGGAGGCGAAGGAACCAAAAGCGGACGUAGGUGAGACCAAGGAGGACAUAAAUUUCAAACAGUGCACGGGUCAGGAAGCAGAAAAGCAGUUAUCGAAAAAGAAUGAGAAAAUUAUGGAAUCAAACGAAACGCAACCCCGGGUAAAUGGCUACCAGGAAAAUGACUCAAUGAGACUUGUUCCACAGCCAAAUAACCUACCGUGCAGUGGGCACGUCUCUGAGAUGGAGGCAGAAAGAGGUGUGAAACAUGAACGCGAUGAAUCACUUCUAAAUCAAGGAUGCGCACCAAAUGAUUCCGAAGGAUCGCAAGUCGAUUUGCAUUCAUCGCAUGUACCGCUGGCUCCAGCUGCUUCCCCUAAAAUAGACGUGAUGAGGGGUGAAGAGGAACACCAUGAACCUCCUCCGCCUCAGCAGGAUGCUCCAUGUGAUGCUGGAACCGCAGAAGAGGAGCACAUGGCCGGUGAGCACGAAGAUCAUCACGAGGACAUUGUUCCAGCAGACGUUUCGUUGGGUGAAUGUGCAGCUCCUGAAGUGCAGAUGGUGAGCAGUGAAGAGGAACACCAUGAACCUCCUCCUCCUCCACCUCAGCAAGAUGCCCCGUGUGAUGUUGGAACCGCAGAAGAGGAGCACAUGGCCGGUGAGCACGAAGAUCAUCACGAGGACGUUGUUCCAGCAGACGUUUCGUUAAGUGAAUGUGCAGCUCCUGAAGUGCAGAUGGUAAGUUGUGAAGAGGAACACCAUGAACCUCCUCCUCCUCCACCUCAGCCAGAUGCCCCUUGCGAUGUUGGUACCGCAGAAGAGGACCACAUGGCCGGUGAGCACGAAGAUCAUCACGAGGACAUUGUUCCAGCAGACGUUUCGUUGGGUGAAUGUGCAGCUCCUGAAGUGCAGAUGGUGAGCAGUGAAGAGGAACACCAUGAACCUCCUCCUCCUCCACCUCAGCCAGAUGCCCCUUGCGAUGUUGGUACCGCAGAAGAGGACCACAUGGCCGGUGAGCACGAAGAUCAUCACGAGGACAUUGUUCCA